UGUCAUUCUGUCAAUUUUCAUUAUAUAAAAGCGGCUUCAUCGCCGAGGCGGAUCCGACGAGUAACAUCGCCGAGAUCUAGUCGGGGGUAUUUUUAGGGUGCACAAAAUCGUGGAGACAGGAACAUAAAUGUAACAUUCGUGUGCGGGAUAAAACAUGUCAACUAAGCAAGUGACCUGCAGAUAUUUCCUCCAUGGAGUUUGUAGGGAGGGUAGCAGAUGCAUGUUCUCUCAUGAUCUGACCACAAGCAAACCUUCAACUAUCUGCAAAUACUACCAGAGAGGAGUUUGUGCUUAUGGAGACCGGUGCAGAUAUGACCAUAUUAAACCUCCUGGCCGUGGCAGUGGUCCACCAACAGACCACCCUAACAGACCCAGCAGUGUAGAAGCACCAGUGCCAGGACCCGGACCUCCACCAAUUACCACAAAACAUGUAAAAAAACCACUCGUGUUGAGGGACAAAGCUCUGGGCUGUGAUAGCAGAGGUCGGGUGUAUAGUGGUGAAAGCGCAGAGGUUGGGGUGUGCUGGGACUACAGGGACAACAACGCUAGCAGCAAACCUCAUACUUACCUGGAUGCCAUCCGCUCGGGGCUCGAGAGUUCAGCCACAGCCAGCCCUUACCCAGACAUGGGUCAACAGUCUCAGCUGUGUCCUUACAUGGCAGCAGGCCAGUGUCAAUAUGGCGACCGCUGCCCAUAUCUCCAUGGUGAUAUGUGCGAAAUAUGUCGACUACAAGUUUUGCAUCCUCAUGACCCCGAACAAAGGGCAGCACAUGAAAAGAUGUGUAUGAUGGCGUUUGAGAUGGAUAUGGAAAAAGCGUUUGCUGUGCAGCAGAGUCAGGAUAAGGUGUGCAGUAUCUGUAUGGAGGUGGUUUAUGAGAAAGUAUCUCCAUCUGAGCGACGGUUUGGCAUCCUGUCCAGCUGUUGUCACACGUACUGCUUGAGCUGCAUCCGUCAGUGGCGCUGUGUCGAGCAGUUCAAGAACCAGAUCAGAAAGUCUUGUCCUCAGUGUCGUGUGGUAUCUGAGUUUGUCAUACCCAGUAUGUACUGGGUGGAAGACCAGGAAGAGAAGAACAGACUCAUUGAGGAGUUCAAGUCUGGAGUCAGUAAGAAGCCGUGUAAAUACUUUGAUCAAGGCAGAGGCACAUGCCCAUUUGGAGGAAAGUGUUUUUACAUGCAUGCCUACGCUGAUGGGGCGCGAGCAGAGCCCGACAAACCUCGCAAACAACUCAGCGCAGAAGGCAACGUUCGGUUUCUUAACUCUGUGCAUCUGUGGGACUUCAUUAAUGAGCGUGAGCAUCGUGGAGUGCCGGGGUAUGAAGAUGAGGUCAAUGAACUGGGUGAACUCUUCAUGCAGCUCUCAGGGGCUGGAGAUGAGAGCUCCACAUCUGCAUCACAUUGAUCACAUGAUACACUCAUACACCUCGUUCAUGUCUUAGGUACCUGGUCAAAUAUCUGGACAAUAAAAAAAUUAUUAGCAGGCAAGUGUUUCAUAAUUACAUUUGAAAUGAUUUCCUCAGAAGACAUUUUAUCAAGUGGUGAGUUUUUGUGCAAAAACAUAUACUACAUCUGUAUGAGAUACUGUAUAAUGUAUAGGCUGCUUUAUUCUCCUCACCUGCAUUGGGAUGUUGCCAGAUGAAACGAAUUUUUUUUAAUGUAAUGCCUGAAAAGGAAUUUAUCAUAACUGAGAAAUCUCUGGCACAUUUUAAAUGCACUCAAAGUGUAAUAAAGAAAUAUGGUUCAAGAAAAUAAUUGUUUCACUUAGUUCAGAUAACACUAACUUUGUUACUUUUGGGCAUCUUGCAAUAUUCCUGUGGUUAAAAAAAAAAAGAGAAAAUAACUUUUGUAACCAUUCAUUACCAGGGAUUGGCUAUAUCUAUAUUUUUAGGAUCAUUUGGAUAUAGAUACUUCAUUUUGGACUGAUAGAAGACUUUCACUCAUCUGGUUUACUCUUGAAUUUGAUCUGGUAUGGGUCAAUAUAUAUUAUGUUCUAUGAAUUGUAAUGUUGAGUUACACUGGAAAAGGUGUAAUAAAUAGUGUGUGUAUUGACUGAGAAGUGGUCUGUGCUGUCUUUGAAUAUGUAGUGCGUACUGUAACAGAUGAUUGUUUUGUUGCACAUUACUGUGCUAUUGGUUUUUACACAGCCACAUG